ACUAUUAGUAAAAAAAAAAGAACAAGGAGCUAGUUAACCUUAUGUUUGAAAUUAUUAAUCCAAUGAUUCUAAUUCUAAUCCCCCAUGUCCUGUGCAAUGUCCCAUGUCUGUAAGGGAAGCUUUCUUUAUACUUCGACCUCCAUCAUCACGAUAAUCUUCACAAUUCUUCCUCUAACCUGUACCUACCUACCAUCGUCCCAUUGCAUCAUCCCACCGCGUCAAGACACGCUCUUGUUUGUUUCAUUAUUACUUUAUUCCCCUCAACCACCAAACAUCAAGCCUAGGCACAUCUUCCGAUCAUGACCCUUAACCUAGAAAGGCAGCUUACCUUCUAUGGCGCCUACCAUCGCAAUUCCGUCAAUGUCGCCAUUCAUAUGAUAUGCGUCCCCUUGAUUCUAUUCUCCGCCUUCACAUUAGCAGCCAACAGUGGUACACUUAUCCCCUUACCCAAGGCCUUGACGAUAUCCCAUCUCGACCUUAACCUAGGCACCCUAGCUGCAUUGCUGUGGGGUGGUUUAUACGUCCUCCUCGAACCUGUCGCUGGUACCAUUUUGGCUUUCAUAUGUCUCGGCGCCACCGCCUUUACGAACUCUGCCCUUUCCGAAAACCCAUCCCUAACCAAUCGCGUCGCCAUUGCCGUGAAUAUAACAUGUUGGCUGCUUCAGUUCAUGGGGCACUGGUUCGAGGGUCGGGCGCCGGCCUUGUUGGAUAACCUAGUUCAAGCUAUCUUCCUAGCACCCCUUUUCGUAUGGCUCGAGCUUUUGUUUAAGUUCGGCUACAGGCGGGAAUUACAAGACCGCGUCGCGAAAGCGGUUAAUGCCGAAAUCGCCAAGUAUCACCAAAAGAAAAACGCAGAGAAGGCUACAAAGAAUGGGAAAGCGCAAUGAACUACAACGAGACGAGACAGGAGACAAGAAAAGAUAAUGCGUAUGCGACGGUCUCGCACGACAAAGCGGUGACGGCUAGUGCCAUCCCAUUUCAUCCUUUGUUGCAUCUAACUAGAUGUGAGCUCGUAAGAAGAGCCCUGAGGCUAGGUAGCUUGCAACCUAUUCGGCGACGCUCAGUGAGCUUCUAAAUCGCAACCAACGGCAAAGGCCAGUCAGGCUGACAAUUUGACAUUUCGUGCUUAGUACUAAGGGACUAAGGGACUCUGCAGUGGGUUCAUGACUACUCUUCACUUCUGCUAUGGAUGUAUAUGAAAUCCAAAUGAAUGAGAGACAGUACCAUAGCAUAUCGUCCUGAACUAGCCCCUCAUGAGAUGUGGAAGAUUCACGUGAAGCAAGCAUGGAGCAACGGAGUAUUAUUUUUACAUUAAUGUCUGUAUUAAUUCUUAAUUCUUAAAAACAUGCUGUAUGUGGGUAUAUAUACACUUAUACACGUGGUAGAACGCAUCUAACCUAGGUGAUAUAUAAUUCCCAUACAACUCAUAUAUAUAUAGAUAUAACUGCGAUAAUUUAACAUAGGAAAGAUAAUUGUUGCAAUUCCUA